AUGAAUUCACUUAAUAAAUCUGUAUUUGGUUCAAUUAGAACAUAUGUCACUGGAAGACAAACAUUAAAGAAUAUAGGACAAAAGAGAGGAAAAGAUGGAAGAUUAUUCACUGUACCACCAAAGGCAUGGGAUGAGUCACUGUCCUCUCAAAGUGAAGCCAUUAUUAAAGCUGAGCAAAGUGGACACCAAUCAUUUGAACAAAUGCAAAAGAUGAGUGUCAAAAAGAUUCAAGAGGAAUUCAAACCAAGAAGAACCAAUUUGAAUGCUUAG